CUUCCCAGGGCUAGAGCGGAAAAGAAACAGGAAGUAGGUUGUAAACCAAAGAAUGUGUGUUAAUGGAUGAAACUCGGAGCUGCGGACAGUUUGAGUUGAUUUUUCCGCCAUGAGAAGAGUCACUCUGUUCGUUAACGGAACCUCCUCUAACGGAAAGGUGGUGGCCGUGUACGGGUCCCUGGAGGACCUGCUGUCUGCGGCCAGCUCCAAACUGGGAAUAAGAGCCUCUAGUGUUUAUAACGGGAACGGCGGCCUCAUAGAUGACAUCACGUUAAUCAGAGAUGAUGACGUGCUCUACGUAUCAGAGGGAGAUUCAAUUGAAGACCCUCAGGACGACCUCCCAGGCCCUGAGAAGGAUCAGACUCACACUGAUUGGCUGACGCUCAACGUCGGUGGACGCUGCUUCACCACCACCAGGAGCACGCUGGUCAGCAAGGAGCCGGAGAGCAUGUUGGCCCACAUGUUCAGAGACAAAGAAGUGUGGGGGAACAAGCAGGACUCUCAGGGGGCGUACCUGAUAGACCGCAGUCCGGACUACUUUGAACCCAUCCUGAAUUAUCUGAGACACGGACAGCUCAUCAUCAACGAAGGCAUCAACCCUCUGGGUGUUCUGGAAGAGGCUCGAUUCUUUGGUAUCGAACAGCUGGCCGAGCAGCUGGAGACGCUCAUAAAGUCCUCUCAGCCUCCUGAUGACCACUCGCCUCUGAGCCGCAAGGAGUUCAUCAGGUACCUGCUGGCGACGACGACCAAGUCAGAGCUGCGGUGUCAGGGUCUGAACUUCACCGGGGCAGAUCUGUCUCGUCUGGAUCUGCGCUACAUCAACUUCAAGAUGGCUAACCUGAGAGGAGCCAACCUGACCCACGCCAACCUGAGCGGGGCCAACCUGGAGAGAGCAGACCUGUCCAUGGCCUGUCUCGAUGCAGCCAACCUUCAGGGUGUGAAGAUGCUGUGCACCAACGCUGAGGGAGCGUCACUGAGAGGCUGUAACUUUGAAGAUCCUGCAGGAAUCAAAGCCAACCUGGAGGGAGCCAACCUGAAGGGUGUGGACAUGGAGGGGAGCCAGAUGACGGGGAUCAACCUGAGGGUCGCCACGCUGAAAAAUGCCAAACUGAAGAACUGCAACCUGAGAGGAGCGACGCUGGCGGGGACCGACCUGGAGAACUGUGACCUGUCAGGAUGUGACCUUCAGGAGGCGAACCUGAGAGGCUCCAACGUGAAGGGCGCCAUCUUCGAGGAGAUGCUGACUCCUCUGCACAUGUCUCAGAGUGUGCGUGUGUCUCAGUCUGGACGUGGAAGUGAGUUGAUGUGCGAGGACAACAUGUCUUCGCCCCGCUGCUUCCAGCUGCUGCUGUCCUGCAUCCUGCUGCUGCUGCUGGUCCAGUUCCCUCAGGCUCGCUCCAGACCGGCCACAGAGGACACGGACACAGGCGACGCGGUAAAAUCCUCUGAAGACGAAGAAGACGAUGAGUCAUCCUCAGAGGAAAACAAACUGUCCAACGAGCUGUCAACAAGCAACGAGAAGCUCCAAAUGUCGGCGCUGGCGCCACAGUGGGUGAUGCCGGACAAGAUGGAGAAGCAGCUCCACGCCGUCCCCGCCAGCAAGACCGUGAAGUUCAGGUGCCAGGCGACCGGAAACCCCGUCCCCACUCUGCGCUGGUACAAGAACGGGAAAGAGUUCAGGAAGGACCAAAGAAUCGGAGGCUUCAAGAUCAGAGACCACAUGUGGACUCUCAUAAUGGAGUCAGUGGUUCCAUCUGAUAAAGGGAACUACACCUGUGUGGUGGAGAACGAAUACGGGAGUCUCAAACACACCUACCUACUGGAUGUAGUCGAGCGCUCCCCUCACAGACCCAUCCUGCAGGCCGGGCUGCCCGCCAACCAAACCGCAGUCGUCGGUCAUGACGUGGAGUUUGUGUGUCGAGUGUUCAGCGACCCGCAGCCUCACAUCCAGUGGCUCAAACACAUCACUGUCAAAGGCAGCAGAGAGGCGCCAGACGGACACCCGUACGUCCUCGUUCUCAAGACGGCAGGUUUAAACACCACAGAUAAAGAAAUGGAGGUUUUGACUCUGAGGAACGUGACUCUGAACGACGCAGGAGAGUACACCUGCCUGGCGGGAAACUCCAUCGGCGUCUCUCAUCACUCUGCGUGGCUCACUGUCGUCGAUGACCUGCCGCCUGCCCCGCUGCCCUCUCAGACGUACCUGGAGAUCUUCAUCUACUGCCUGGGGUUUUUCAUCAUCGUCAUCCUCACAGCCAUGGCGGUCAUCUGCAGACUCUGCUGCGCCCCGAAGAAGAGCGACUUCAACGGCCAGUUAGCCGUCCAGAAACUGGCAAAGAGCAUUCCUCUGAGGAGACAGGUGUCCGUUGAGUCCUCGUCCUCCCUCCAGUCGGGGAUGUGUUUGAUGCGUCAGUCUCGUCUCUCCAGUGCAGCCACCACCAUCCUGACGGGCGUGUCAGAGUACGAACUUCCCUACGAUCCCGUCUGGGAGCUUCCCCGUGACAGGCUGACGCUGGGGAAACCUCUGGGCGAGGGAUGUUUCGGUCAGGUUGUUCUGGCCGAGGCUGUUGGCAUCGACAGAAAUAAACCGACGCGCCUCACGAAGGUGGCGGUGAAGAUGCUGAAAGCGGACGCCACAGAGAAGGAUCUGUCUGACCUGAUCUCUGAGAUGGAAAUGAUGAAGAUGAUCGGCAAACACAAGAACAUCAUCAACCUGCUGGGAGCGUGCACUCAGGACGGCCCUCUGUAUGUGGUGGUGGAGUACGCCUCGCAGGGGAAUCUGAGGGAGUAUCUCCGUGCCCGUCGCCCGGUCGGGUUGGAGUACUGGAGCGGGUCGAGGCAGGCGUCUCUGGGCAGUUUGGAGAUCAGGGAGCUGGUUUCUGCUGCGUACCAGGUGGCCAGAGGAAUGGCGUACCUCGCCUCAAAGAAGUGUAUCCACAGAGACCUGGCAGCCAGGAACGUGUUGGUCACUGAAGAUAACGUGAUGAAGAUCGCAGACUUCGGUCUGGCCCGAGACGUCCACCACAUCGACUACUACAAGAAGACCACUAACGGUCGUCUGCCGGUGAAGUGGAUGGCACCAGAAGCUUUAUUCGACCGCAUCUACACACACCAAAGUGACGUGUGGUCGUUUGGAGUCCUGCUGUGGGAGAUCUUCACCCUCGGGGGGUCUCCGUACCCCGGCGUCCCUGUGGAGGAGCUCUUCAAGCUGCUGAAGGAGGGACACCGCAUGGAGAAACCUUCAGCGUGCACUCAGGAGCUGUACCUGAUGAUGAGAGACUGCUGGCACGCCGUCCCGUCCCGCAGACCGACUUUCCAACAGCUGGUAGAAGAUUUAGACCGCACACUUUCUCUCAUGGCAAACCAGGAGUACCUGGACCUGGCCCUUCCUCUGGUCCAGUACUCUCCGGUCAUCACGUCUUAUUCCUGUAACUCCACAUAGGGAGUUCUGGGAUCUUUUCCCUUCCUGGAUCACCUUCAUCCUGUUUCCUCUGCUGCGCGGGCUGGCGGUGAUGGUGGCGGCGGCGGCAGCGGUCCCAGACGAGGCCCGGACGGAGGAGCUCAGACAAAGCCGCUUCGCUGUCGUCUAUCAGCAGCAGCAGCCUGAUGUGAAGAACAGCUGGACUGAGCCGGACUCCCCAGCAGGGCCUCAGGAAGCAGCGUCUCGUUCAUACAGCGGGCAGAGACUGAGGGGAGAGCUGCUCCUGAGCUGCCCAUUGCAUCAGUGCUCUGGUUAUAUUAAUAAUCAUCAUGUUCUCAGUGUAAAUACUGUAAAUAAUAGUUUGUGUUAUAUGGAAGUACAAACUGGAAUUAUCAGAGAAAUAUGAACUGAAAGGGAAAAUAAAUAAAGGGAGAAAUACAAACAAAAAAAUAACUGAAUGAAUAAAAAACAAAAUGUGUAAAUCUAUAAAUGUGUAAAAGAAAAAAAUAAAUCUAAUUUGACUUUUUAUUUGUCCACCGUCCGCCUCCCUAACCCACAUGGAAACACUUUACUACUCAUUUAUAGAUUUUCUUUGUGCAUCUUUUAUUCAUUAAUUUAUUUUGCCCCAGUAUUUAUGUUUGUCUCCGCAGUGACGUCGUGUUGCCAAAGAUGAUGUCUGCCAGUGUUACACUUCAGCGUUGCACUUAACCUCCAGCUGAUCGCAGCCUGACAUGUACAGAGAACGCUUCUAGUUGAAUGUGUAAAAUAACUGAUUAACAACAGUAUUAAAAUCAUUUCUGAAUUCA